AUGGGGGCAAGAGCAUCUAUGGAAACAGCGGAGCACAGCAUCCACCCCGCAUCCCAGAGCCCCAAGGAAGACCACGUGACUCCAGCUGUCCCCACCCCCUGGGCACAUGUGCACACGGUCUGUGCCUUCUAUGCCUGUCUGGGAGCCCAGUCUGCAAUUGGCCCAAACUUCUGGAUGGUCAUGGGGAUCCCCUGUGCUGUCCACUCCUGGAUGAUGUAUCCAGCCCCUUAGAGUUACACAUGGGUGCCCUUAGGAAGUCCUGUCUGGAUGGGACUUCCCCCUCCAGCUGCCCCAGUGCCUUCAAUCUGGCCUUGGGGCUUCUCCAGCUUUGAUCUAGCACCUGGACACCAUCACCUCCAGUAUUUCCUUACCCCAUGGGACCCCCCGCCCCCAUACUGCUCAGAACCUCCAGCUUGGAGCAGGGGUGUCUCUGGCCACAGUCCCCAGGAGGAAUGGCAGAUUCCCACAGUCUCCGCCUCCCUGGCUGCAGUGGGGGGACUGUCCAGAGGAGCUCCUCCCUUGGAGAGGUGCCAAGUCCCUCCAUCAGAAGGGGCCUCCAGGUUCAACGUUUGUGUACCUGCACCUCCCUUCAGCCCAGAACCCUGCCCUCUGUCUCCUUCCCCCAUUGCAGACCCUCAGCCUGAUCCCUUCUGUCCCCACUCCCCUCAGCCACCCUGCAGGGCCUGCCCUGCCUCUUCUAGCUCCCAGGGGUUCUUGGGCACCACUCACUCCAACAUUUAG